GUCCAGAGUGUCCGGACAGGAGAGCUCAGGGUGGGCUCGCUUAAUGGUGAAUGUCCGAAGCCCCGGACAGUCCAGGCCAGAGUCGCCCGUACACAGGAGGUCUACUGUAAGGCCCAAGGCAGAAUAUCUGAGGGAUGUGCAGAAAUUCUCGCGCCUUGUGUCCGUGGUGCAGGGGAGGAGAACACUUGAAGGCAGGCUUGCAAACAUGGAGUAUGUUCAGCAAAAGUUGAAGGAGGAGAGGGAGGCGAAGCGUGCUAUGCUGGAUGCCCGCCAUGACUACGUCCUGGAAACGGUCUCCCGCAGCCUUAACAUCGAGAAGACCGAGGUGGAAGAUGCCAUCUUGGAAGGGACACAGAUUGAACGUAUGGACCAGUUCUUUGCCCAGGAUGGCCUGCUUCAUCUUGUGUUCUUCUACCAGGAGUCCGACUCAGAUAAAGACCCAGUUGAACAGCUCCGUCUGGGAGGUCCCCCAGGCUCCACCAACAAGCCUGUCCCCAGAAAACCCAAACUGUUCAUCACGGAGGGGAAGGACUCUUCUCUCAAUGGUGUGGCUGUCAUCUUCCUCAGGCCUAACAGCAUCAGGGCAAUCGCCCCAGAAAAUAUUACCAAGGAGGUGAAUGUGACAGUACUGGACACCACAGGUGUGGGGCUACUGACUGCAAUACAGAGGCUGCUGUCUAACAUCUUCAUCCCCACCCUCAGGGUGGUAGAAAAUGGCUGGGGAGAUCUUGGCAAUAAGGACGGCGCCCCGGUACGUCUGGACUUCCUAAACAACCUGGACUCGUUCGUGUCGGUCCUGGGGGGCGCCCAGGGGAGCGUGGAGGACAAGGUGGUCCUGAAGGAGUGCGAAACGUACGACCUCAAGACCCUCCGCGGGCCCCACGACUACAUCGCCGUGGCCAACAGCUCCGAUGCUAUAGACAAGAUUGAGCAAUGUAUCAGGGUCUGGAUCAAACAGAUUGAACAGGUUUUAGCGGAGAGUGAACAGAUGAGGAAGGAAGCUGACGACAUCGGUCCUCGGGCGGAGCUGGAACACUGGAAGAAGCGCAUGUCAAAGUUCAACCACCUGUUGGACCAGAUCAAAGGUCAUGAGGUCAAAUCAGUGCUGGGAUGUCUGCAAGCUGCCAAGUCUAAACUAGUGGCAACAUGGAGGGAGCUUGACAACAGAAUCACAGAUGCUGCCAAUGAGGCAAAGGACAACGUGAAGUUCUUAUACACCCUGGAGAAGUACUGUGACCCACUGUACAACAGUGAUCCGGUUGGCAUGGUGGAUGCCAUCCCCGGCCUAAUCAACGCCAUCCGUAUGAUCAACUCCUACUCUCGCUACUACAACACCUCGGAGAAGAUGACCUCCCUGUUUGUGAAGGUGACCAACCAGAUGAUAACGGCCUGCAAAGCCUUCAUCACAAACAAAGGGCUGGAGGACAUCUGGAGCCAACCGAGGGAGCAGCUACUCAGCAAGCUCAGGGCCUGUAUCAGGCUGAACCAGGAGUAUCAGCGCUGCUUCCACAAGACUCGACAGAAGCUUCAGAAGAUGCCCAAUGAGAAACAGUUUGACUUCAGCGAGAUGUACAUCUUUGGGAAGUUUGACACCUUCGUGCGGAGGCUGGACAAGAUCCUGGACAUGUUUGAGACCAUGAACACUUACUCCAGACUGGCCGACUGCAAGAUCGAAGGCAUGGAGAGCUUUGCCAGCAGACUGACGGUGCUUGUUGCUGGUAUGAAGAAGAAGCCGUAUAACAUGCUGGACCAGAGGAAGGCUGACUAUGACCAGGACUACGAUGAGUUUAAGACAAACAUAGCUGAGAUCCACUCCGGCAUCAGGCAGUUCAUGGACAGUACCUUUGACAGGCUCACCAACACACAGAGGGCCUUACAACUGCUGAGGAAAUAUGAGAGGCUCGGGAUACCUGACCUUGACAUUGAAGAGAAGUAUGCCAAGAUCCUGCAGAACUUUGGGAAAGACAUUGAGAAGACGUCCAAGAUCUACAGUCAACAGAAGGCUGACCCACCUGUGGCCAGGGACAUGCCUCCCAUUGCAGGGAAGAUCUCGUGGGCCCGUCAGCUGUUCCGCAGGAUGCAGGAGCCCAUGGAGAUGUUCCAGGACCACCCCACCGUCCUGCAGACUCCCGAGGGGAAGAGGAUCAUCAGGAACUACAACAAGGUGGCCAAGGUGCUGCUGGAGUUCGAGGUGUUGUACCACAGGGCAUGGAUGAGACAGGUGGAUGCCAUGAAGGCAGGACUUGCCGCCUCUCUCAUCGUUAGGCAUCCUGAAACCAACGAGCUCUUCGUAAACUUUGACCCGUCAAUCCUGACCCUGAUCAAGGAGGCGGAGUGCAUGGCCAGGCUCGGUCUGGAGGUGCCGCACGCAGCCAAGGGGCUCCGACAGAAGCAAGGACACUUCAAGGAGCUGUACAACAAGCUACAGCUGAUGCUUGAGGAGAACAAUCGAGUGAGAGGACAGGUCCCUUCAGCCUUCCAGGAGCUGAUCAAGCCUCACCUGGCCAAGGUGGACCGGAUCCUGGAGCCAGGGCUGACCAUGCUGUCAUGGACAUCCAUCAACAUUGAUGCCUACAUUGAGGAUGUGUAUGCUGGGAUAGGAACCCUUGAGUUGUUGAUCACCCGUGUGAAUGACAUCUCCGCCUACCGUAUCGAUGCGGUACUGCAAGAAAUGGCCACCACAGUCCUGUGUGAGCUGCCUGAGGAGGAGGCCUGGACAAUAGAGCACUUCUUGGAAAGGACCCAGGAGUUGUGUUCCAAAGGAGCGGCCACCCUCCAGUCUAAGAGCCAGCUGGUGGAGGAGGCGGCUAAUGAGUUGAUUGACAUGCUGCUGGGGGAGGAGGAGGAGCAGGAGGAAGAGCAAGAUGAGGAGGAGGCUGAGGAAGAAGACCACGAUGGAACAAAGUCCAUGGGUAGCCGCAGUGCCGCCAGCCGUGCCAGCCGCCGUGCCUCCCACCUGACCCUGAGUCCAACUCUCCCUGUGGAGAAGACACCCAAGAAGAAGAAGAAGGAACAGAAGGAACGUCUUCAGGAGGAGGCAGAGAACCUCCUGCACCAUUUUGCCAACAGAAACCUUGAUGCCUUGGUACGAGUCACCCGCACCACCAUGGACUCUAUCAAGAAGAGGGUGUCAUCCUCAUCAAUGCUGAUCUACAUGGGAGAUGCAAGUGAUGCUGACAAGAAGUCGAAGAAGGAGAACAUCCCGAUGUUCCGUGCGGACAUGGCCCUGGCCAUCCCCAACAUCGUGAUGAUCCCUGCCCUGGACGAGAUCCAGCAGACCCUGAACAGGGCUGUACAGGCCAUCCUAGGGGUGUCCAGGGGAGUCGCACAGUGGAGCAAGGACAGGCCAUCCAAGGCACGCCAACAAGAGGCUAAUCUGGAGGAACGUCGUAGUUCCGUCACCAGUACCUUCACCGACGUUAGCGACGCGGCGUCCCUGCGCCGCCUGCGUUUCCUGGAGGCCCCCACCUCGGACAGCGACUCCUACAGCGUGGUCACCCAGAUCAACAACUACUACAAGGGUGUGGCCGAGAACAAGGAGGUCGUCCGUCUGGCUGGGAUCCUGUCCACAUGUAUCAACUCCACAAAGAAGGAAGUUACCACAGCCCUGGAACAGUUUGGGAUAUACCACCACAUCUGGAAGGUAGAGAGAGAUGAAGCCCUGCAGGAGUUCAUGCAGACCAAGCCCAGCCUGUCAGAGUUUGAGGCACAGAUCUUCUACUAUGACCAGCUGGCAGACGAGAUCAUGGCCCAGACUGAGUUUGUGAACGUGGGAGCCAUCGCUAUCUACACAGAGCAACUGAAGCUGUCCCUGACCACUGAAACCAAGGCCUGGAUGCAACACUAUGGGAAGUACUGCAACAUCAAGUACCGCACAGAGAUGGACAACAUCUUCGCCUUCAUCGAGGAGCUCACCAAGCGCUUGUCUCGACCAAUCAAGGACCUGGAUGACAUCCGCAUCGCCAUGGGCGCGCUGAAGGAGAUACGAGAGAAACAGAUCGAGAUUGACAUGUCUAUUGGACCAAUUGAGGAAUCCUAUGCCUUACUGAGCAAGCACGAGCUUCUGCAUGCCCGAGAGGAAGCCGAGAAGGUGGACACGCUGCGCUACUCCUGGGAGCGCCUCCUAGCAUCUGCCAUGGAAGUGCAGGACCACCUCAUCAGCAUCCAGCCCAACUUCAGGGGCGGCCUCAUCAGUAAUGUCCAGGCCUUCAAGGAGGAGUGUACCAACUUCUACAGUGACUAUCACAGCAAAGGCCCAAUGGUCGCUGGCGUACCUCCACAGGAAGCCUCUGAUCGCCUCAUCAUCUUCCAGAACAGGUUUGACAACCUGUGGAGGAAAUUUGUCACCUACUCCGGUGGAGAGGACCUGUUUGGUCUGCCGGUGACCCCGUACCCAGAACUGCACGAGAUCCGUAAACAGCUAAACCUGCUGCAGAAGCUGUACCUGCUGUACAACAACGUCAUCGAGACCGUCAGCGGAUACUACGACAUCCUCUGGGGGGAGGUGGACAUAGAGAAGAUCAACAACGAGCUGCAAGAGUUUCAAAACAGGUGCCGUAAGCUACCCCGAGCCCUGAAGGAGUGGCAGGCCUUCCUGGACCUGAAGAAGACCAUUGAUGACUUUAACGAGACCUGUCCACUACUGGAGAUGAUGGCCAACAAGGCCAUGAUGAAACGCCACUGGAACCGCAUCGCUGCCGUCACCAACCAUCCCUUCGACAUUGAGAGCGAGACCUUCGCUCUCAGAAACAUCAUGGAAGCUCCUCUCUUGGAAUUCAAAGAAGACAUAGAGGACAUCUGCAUUGCUGCAGUGAAGGAGAAGGACAUAGAAGCCAAGCUGAAGCAGACCAUCGCGGAGUGGAACACACACAGUCUGACGUUUGCUAACUUCAAGACCAGGGGUGAGCUCCUCCUGAGGGGAGACAGCACGGGGGAGAUUACCUCGCUCCUGGAAGACAGCCUGAUGAUACUGGGGUCUCUCAUGAGCAACAGGUACAACGCACCCUUUAAGAAGCAGAUCCAGCAGUGGGUGCAGAACCUGUCCAACACCACAGACAUCCUGGAGAACUGGAUGGUGGUACAGAACCUGUGGGUUUAUCUGGAGGCUGUGUUUGUUGGAGGUGACAUUGCCAAACAGCUCCCUAAGGAAGCCAAACGGUUCUCCAACAUUGACAAGUCGUGGGUCAAGAUCAUGACUCGUGCUCACGAGAACAGCAACGUGGUGCAGUGCUGUGUGGGGGACGAAACCCUGGGACAGCUGCUGCCCCACUUGCUGGAACAGCUAGAGCUGUGCCAGAAGUCACUCACAGGGUAUCUUGAGAAGAAGCGCCUGUUGUUCCCGCGGUUUUUCUUCGUGUCGGACCCGGCGCUUUUGGAGAUCCUUGGCCAGGCGAGCGACUCCCACACGAUCCAGGCCCACCUCCUCAGCGUGUUUGACAACAUCAAGACUGUCAAGUUCAUUGGACUCCUGGGUAUUCAGCUCCUGUGGACCAGAGAUGCCCAGGACUCCCUGGCCAAUGCCAAGUACGACAAGAAGGGCAUGGCUCAGACCAACCAGGCCUUCCAGGAGCUGCUCAACACCCUCAUCGACAUGACCACCAAGGAGCUGACCAAGCUGGAGAGGACCAAGUACGAGACUCUCAUCCUCAUCCACGUGCACCAGAGGGACAUCUUUGAUGACCUGUGCCGAAUGCACAUCAGAACUCCCACAGACUUCGAGUGGCUGAAGCAGUGCAGGUUCUACUUUAAUGAGGACAUCGACAAGUGUAUCAUCUCCAUCACGGACGUGGACUUCCAGUAUCAGAACGAGUACCUGGGUGUGGCAGAGAGGCUUGUUAUCACGCCACUGACUGACAGAUGUUACAUCACCCUUGCCCAAGCUCUGGGCAUGAGUAUGGGAGGAGCCCCUGCCGGGCCGGCUGGUACAGGCAAGACUGAGACCACCAAGGACAUGGGCCGCUGUCUGGGCAAGUACGUGGUCGUCUUCAACUGCUCGGACCAGAUGGACUUCAGGGGCCUGGGCAGGAUCUUCAAGGGCCUUGCCCAGUCUGGAAGCUGGGGCUGCUUCGAUGAGUUCAACAGGAUCGACCUGCCCGUGCUGUCCGUGGCAGCUCAGCAGAUCGCUGUGGUGCUGGCCAGCAAGAAGGAGAGGAAGAAGCAGUUCAUCUUCACUGAUGGAGAUGUGGUGGACCUGAGCCCUGAGUUUGGUAUCUUCCUUACUAUGAACCCGGGCUACGCUGGUCGUCAAGAGCUGCCCGAGAACCUUAAGAUCAACUUCCGUACGGUUGCCAUGAUGGUGCCCGACCGUCAGAUCAUCAUCCGUGUCAAACUGGCCUCCUGUGGCUUCCUGGAGAACAUCCUGCUGGCCAGGAAGUUUUACACACUCUACAAACUGUGUGAGGAACAGCUCACAAAACAGGUCCACUAUGACUUUGGUCUGCGUAACAUCCUGUCGUGCCUGCGUACCCUGGGUGCCGCCAAGAGAACCAGUCCCGGGGACACGGAGAGCACCAUCGUCAUGAGGGUCCUCAGGGACAUGAACCUCUCCAAGCUGGUUGAUGAAGAUGAGCCCCUGUUCCUGAGUCUGAUCAAUGACUUGUUCCCGGGGAUCACCCUGGACAAGGCAGGCUACCCCGAGCUGGAGAAGGCCAUCGCUGAUGAGGUGGAGUCAGCUGGUCUCAUCAACCACCCUGCAUGGAAACUCAAACUGGUCCAGCUGUUUGAGACCCAGCGUGUGCGGCACGGUAUGAUGGCCCUGGGUCCGACCGGCGCGGGAAAGACCACGUGUAUCCACACCCUGAUGAAGGCCAUGACCGUGUGCGGCGCCCCCCACAGGGAGAUGAGGAUGAACCCCAAGGCCAUCACGGCGCCACAGAUGUUCGGACGACUGGACGUGGCCACCAACGACUGGACAGACGGGAUCUUCUCCACACUGUGGAGGAGGACACACAGGGCCAAGAAGGGUGAACACAUCUGGUUGGUUUUGGAUGGUCCUGUGGACGCCAUCUGGAUCGAGAACCUCAACUCCGUACUGGAUGACAACAAGACCUUGACCUUGGCCAACGGAGACCGUAUCCCCAUGGCGACCAACUGUAAGAUCAUCUUUGAGCCUGACAACAUCGACAACGCCUCCCCAGCCACUGUGUCCAGGAAUGGCAUGGUGUUCAUGAGCUCGUCUGUGCUGGAUUGGAAGCCUAUCCUGCAGGCCUGGCUGCGUACCAGGAACCCAUCAGAAGCUGCCACCAUCGAGUCCCUGUUCGACGGCUCCUUCCCCCAGCUCUACCGCUUUGCCAUCCAGAACCUGGUCUUCAAGAUGAAGGUCCUGGAGUGCAUGAUCAUCUCACAGUGUUGCAAGUUGCUACAAGGCCUGAUCCCCAAGCGUGAAGAGAAAGAUGCCUCCCCAGUACCAGUGGAACAUCUGGAGAAGCUCUACACCUUCACGCUCAUGUGGAGUAUUGGCGCCAUGUUGGAACUGGACGACAGAGUCAAGAUGGCAGAAUGGAUCAGAGAUAGCCCUGACAUCACCAUAAACCUGCCGGAUAUCGAUGAAGACUCAGAGGCGACCAUCUUUGACUACUGUGUGGAUAAUGAUGGUAACUGGCAGCAUUGGGAGAGUCGUGUGGAGGAGUACCACUAUCCGGCUGACAGCACCCCGGAGUACGGCAGUAUCCUGGUACCUAACGUGGACAACGUCAGGACUGACUUCCUCAUACACACCAUCGCCAAACAGACCAAGGGAGUCCUCCUGAUUGGUGAACAGGGCACGGCCAAGACUGUGAUGAUCAAGGGCUACAUGUCCCAUUAUGACCCUGACUUCCAUCUCAGCAAGUCUCUCAACUUCUCCUCUGCUACAACACCCAUGCUGUUCCAGCGCUCCAUUGAGAGCUAUGUGGACAAACGUAUGGGCAGCACCUACGGACCCCCUGCUGGGAAGAAGAUGACAGUGUUUGUGGAUGACAUCAACAUGCCCAUCAUCAACGAAUGGGGAGACCAGAUCACUAACGAGAUUGUCCGACAGCUCAUGGAGACUAAGGGCUUCUACAAUCUGGACAAGCCAGGUGACUUCACCAACAUCGCUGAUGUGCAGUUCUGUGCUGCAAUGAUCCAGCCAGGAGGAGGCAGGAAUGACAUCCCCAACCGUCUUAAGAGACAGUUCACCAUCUUCAACUGCUCCCUGCCAACCAACCCAUCCAUCGAUAAGAUCUUUGGUGUGAUUGGUACCGGUCACUUCUGUGAGAAGCGGCUGUUCCCGGCCGACGUAAGAUCGAUGGUGGCGAAGAUCGUCCCGGUCACUCGCCGAAUCUGGCAGCUGACCAAGAUUAAGAUGCUGCCGACGCCCGCCAAGUUCCACUACGUCUUCAACCUGCGCGACCUGAGCAGGAUCUGGCAGGGCAUGCUCAACACUUGGUAUGACGUCGUCAACAGUGUCCCAGUUCUCUUGCAGCUAUGGAAGCACGAAUGCUGCCGUGUGAUUGCUGACCGCUUCACCAACUUCCAAGACAUCGGCUGGUUCGACAAGACGUUUGACCGGGUGGUGGCGGAAGAUCUCGGCGAGGAGUACGCACAGCAUCUCAAGGAGGACAAGUACUUCGUGGACUUCCUUCGAGACGCUCCGGAGGCGACCGGAGACGAGCCGGAGGAUUUCAACUUUGACAUGCCGAAGGUGUACGAGCCGAUCCCGUCCUUCGAAGAGCUGCAGGAACGGCUGAUCAUGUUCAUGCAGCAGUACAAUGAGACCAUCCGAGGGGCCGGCAUGGACCUGGUCUUCUUCAAGGACGCCAUGAUCCACUUAGUAAAGAUCUCCCGUAUUAUCCGUACCCCCCGUGGCAAUGCUCUACUGGUGGGAGUGGGCGGAUCAGGCAAACAGUCUCUCACCAAGCUAGCCUCCUUCAUCGCUGGAUACAAGACUUUCCAGAUCACACUCACCAGGUCCUACAACCAGAACAACCUGAUGGACGAUCUGAAGAUCCUGUACAGAACCAGUGGGGAGAAGGGCCAGGGCAUGACCUUCAUCUUCACAGACAACGACAUCAAGGACGAGGGCUUCCUGGAGUACCUCAACAAUGUGCUGUCCUCAGGAGAGGUGUCUAACCUGUUUGCGAGGGAUGAGAUCGAUGAGAUCACCCAGGAGCUGAUCUCCGUCAUGAAGAGGGAGUACCCCCGCCGGCCCCCCACCAUGGAGAACCUGUAUGACUACUUCCUCACACGGGUCCGACAGAACCUUCACGUGGUGCUCUGCUUCUCUCCUGUUGGAGAGAAGUUCCGUAACCGCGCCCUGAAGUUCCCCGGCCUGAUCUCGGGCUGCACGAUGGACUGGUUCCAGCGCUGGCCCAAGGACGCGCUGAUCGCCGUGGCCGACCACUUCCUGUCGUCCUACCGGCUGGAGUGCACGGCGGACACCAAGACUCAGCUGGUGCAGCUCAUGGGCACGGUGCAUGAUGGGGUGGCCGAGAAGUGUUCCGACUAUUUUGAAAGGUAUCGCCGUGCCACACACGUGACACCCAAGUCUUACCUAUCCUUCAUCAAUGGCUACAAGACCAUCUAUGGGGACAAGUCCUCAGAGGUACAGGAACUACAGAGGAGAAUGAAUACCGGUCUGGACAAACUGAUGGAGGCCCAGCACUCCGUGUCUCAACUCAGUGUGGAGCUAGCAGACAAGGAGAAAGACCUGGCUGUGGCCUCUGCUAAGGCUGAAAAGGUGUUGAAGGAGGUGACGGAGAAGGCCCAGGCUGCUGAGAAGGUCAAAGCCAGGGUACAGAAGGUCAAGGACAAGGCACAGGCCAUCGUGGACGACAUCGCCGCUGACAAGGCGGUGGCGGAGGAAAAACUGGAGGUCGCCAGACCUGCACUGGAAGCAGCAGAGGCAGCUCUCCAGACCAUCAAACCAUCAGAUAUUGCGACAGUGAGAAGACUGGGUAAGCCCCCCCAUCUCAUCAUGCGGAUCAUGGACUGUGUGCUGCUGCUGUUCCAGAGGAAACUAGACACAGUCACCCAAGACCCAGAAAGGGCGUGUCCCAAACCAUCCUGGGCGGAGUCACUCAGGGUGAUGGGAGGAGCGGACUUCCUAAAGACACUAACAAACUUCCCAAAGGACACCAUUAACGAGGAAACUGUGGAACUGCUGCAGCCGUACCUGGAGAUGGAAGACUACAACAUGGAGACGGCCACUAGAGUCAGCGGGAACGUGGCAGGGCUCUGCUCAUGGACCAAGGCCAUGGCGUACUUCUAUGGGAUCAACAAGGAAGUACUGCCACUCAAGGCCAACCUGGCUGUCCAAGAGGCCCGUCUGGAGAAGGCCAACUUUGACCUCCAGGAGGCCCAGGAGCAGCUGGACGCCAAGCAGCGUGAGCUGGACAUCGUGCAGGCCCAGUAUGACUCUGCGGUGAGAGAGCGACAGGAGCUGAUGGACGAUGCUGAGACCUGCCGGAGGAAGAUGCAGACAGCCUCCAGUCUGAUCGAGGGCCUGGCCGGGGAGAAGGAGCGCUGGACCCAGCAGAGUAAGGAGUUCGCUGCACAGAUCAGGAGGCUUGUUGGAGAUGUUCUGAUGGCUACGGGAUUCCUGUCGUACUCCGGACCCUUCAACCAGGAGUUCCGCCAUCUCCUGCUCACCAACUGGCAGAAGGAGCUCCGCUCACGAAAGAUCCCGUACACACAGGACCUUAAUGUCACCAACAUGCUGGUGGAUGGGGCUACUGUGAGUGAGUGGAAUCUCCAGGGCCUGCCCAAUGAUGAGCUGUCCAUCCAGAACGGCAUCAUCACCACAAAGGCCUCGCGGUUCCCCCUGCUCAUUGAUCCACAGGGACAGGGCAAGAGCUGGAUCAAGAGCAGGGAGGCUAAGAGGGAACUACAGAUCACGUCCCUGAACCAUAAGUACUUCCGGAACCACCUGGAGGACUCCCUGUCCCUGGGGAGGCCACUACUGAUCGAGGAUGUAGGGGAGGAGCUGGAUCCAGCUCUGGACAACGUGCUGGAGAAAAACUACAUCAAGUCGGGAAAAACUCUCAAGGUGAAGGUAGGAGACAAGGAGGUUGACGUGAUGGACGGAUUUGUGUGCUACAUCACCACCAAGCUGGCUAACCCCGCCUACACACCCGAGAUCAGCGCCAGGACGGCCAUCAUCGACUUCACCGUCACCAUGAAGGGGCUGGAGGACCAGCUGCUGGGCAGGGUCAUCCUCACAGAGAAGGCGGAGCUGGAGAAAGAACGUGUGGAGCUACUGGAAGAAGUCACAGCCAACAAGAGGAAGAUGAAGGAGCUAGAGGACAACCUACUCUUUAGGCUUACCAACACACAGGGUUCCCUUGUAGAUGACGAGUCGCUGAUCGUGGUGCUGUCCAACACCAAGAAGACAGCCGAGGAGGUCAGCCAUAAGCUGCAGGUUGCCGCGGAGACGGAGACGCAGAUCAACACAGCGCGGGAAGAGUACCGACCCGUGGCCACCCGCGGGUCCAUCCUGUACUUCCUCAUUGUGGAGAUGAGCCUGGUCAAUGUGAUGUACCAGACCUCACUCAAACAGUUCCUGGGGCUGUUUGACCACUCCAUGGCCAGGUCAGCAAAGUCUCCCAUCACCAGUAAGCGUAUUGAGAACAUCAUUGACUACAUGACGUACGAGGUGUACAAGUACACGGUGCGGGGUCUUUACGAGCAGCACAAGUUCCUCUUCACACUGCUCCUGACGGUCAAGAUCGACAUCAAGUCCAAGAAAGUCAAACAUGAAGAGUUCCUCACUCUUGUCAAAGGUGGUGCCUCCCUGGAUCUGAAGGAAGUAAUGCAGAAGCCCUGUAAGUGGAUCCUGGACAUGACCUGGCUCAACCUGGUGGAACUCAGCAAGCUGAAGAACUUCAGUGACAUCCUCAACCAGAUCACCCGUAACGAGAAGGCGUGGAAGAGCUGGUUUGAUAAGGAGGCGCCCGAGGAUGAGGUCAUCCCUGACGGGUACCACGCCUCGCUGGACACCUUCCGCCGCCUGCUUCUCAUUCGCUCCUGGUGCCCUGACAGGACUCUCAACCAGGCGUCCAAGUACAUCCUGGACUCUAUGGGAGAGAAGUACACAGAGAGCGUGAUCCUGGACGUAGAACAGAUGUGGGGUGAGACGGACAACCGCACUCCUCUCAUCAGUUUCCUGUCCAUGGGGUCGGACCCCUCCAACAUGAUCGAGGCCCUGGCUAAGAAGAAGGGAAUCGAGUGUAAAGCCAUCUCCAUGGGACAGGGGCAGGACGUACAUGCCAGGAAACUGCUCAAGCUCUUCAUGGAGACUGGUGGGUGGGCACUGCUGCAGAACUGUCACCUUGGACUUGACUUCAUGGACGAACUGAUCAACAUCAUCGUGGACACGGAGGUGAUCCAUGACAGCUUCAGACUGUGGAUGACUACAGAGGUCCACGAUAACUUCCCCAUCAACCUGCUACAGAUGUCCAUCAAGUUCACCAGCGAGCCUCCCCAGGGUGUGAAGGCCGGUCUGAAGAAGACGUACACAGGCAUCACCCAGGACCAGCUGGAGAUCAGCAACAUGCCCCAGUGGAAACCCAUGCUGUACGCUGUGGCAUUCCUGCACACCACAGUGCAAGAGAGAAGGAAGUUUGGUCCCCUUGGGUGGAACAUACCGUACGAGUUCAACCAGGCUGACUACAAUGCUACCGUACAGUUUGUACAGAACCACCUGGAUGAUAUGGACAUCAAGAGGGGUGUGUCCUGGAGCACUGUAAGGUACAUGAUUGGUGAGAUCCAGUACGGCGGCCGUGUGACAGACGACUACGACAAGCGUCUCCUCAACACCUUCGCUCGGGUCUGGUUCAGUGAGCAGCUCUUCUCUCCAAACUUCUGUUUCUACAAGGGCUAUGUGAUUCCAAAGUGCCAGAAGAUCGAGCAGUACCAUGAUUACAUCAAUGGCCUACCCACCUCGGCCACACCGGAGGUCUUCGGUCUGCAUCCAAAUGCUGAAAUCACUCACUCGAGUACGGUUGCCAAGGACGUUCUUGACACCAUCCUGAGUAUCCAGCCCAAGGACAGCUCGGGAGGGGUGGGGGAGACCAGGGAGGCCAUAGUCUACAGGAUGGCUGAUGACAUGCUGGACAAACUGCCAAAGGACUACAUCCCGUUCGAGGUGAAGGACAGGUUGAAACAGAUGGGUGCGUACGCCCCCAUGAACAUCUUCCUGCGCCAGGAGGUGGACCGCAUGCAGAGGGUCAUCACCCUGGUCAGGAACACCCUCAAGGACCUCAAACUGGCCAUCGACGGGACCAUCAUCAUGAAUGAGAACCUGCGGGAUGCCCUGGACUGCAUGUACGACGCCCGUAUCCCCGCCCAGUGGAAGAAGAUCUCCUGGGCGUCGUCCACCCUGGGGUUCUGGUUCACCGAGCUCCUGGAGAGGAACGCACAGUUUGACAACUGGCUCUUCAACGGGAGACCCAACAGCUUCUGGAUGACUGGCUUCUUCAACCCACAGGGCUUCCUUACAGCUAUGAGACAGGAGGUUACCCGAGCACACAAAGGCUGGGCGCUGGACAGCGUCGUCCUUUAUAACGACGUCACCAAGUGGAUGAGGGACGACGUGGCCCAGCCUCCGCUAGAAGGCGUGUACGUGUACGGUCUGUACCUGGAGGGCGCUGGGUGGGAUCGGCGCAACUCUAAACUCAUCGAACAGAAACCCAAGGUGUUGUUUGAGCAAAUGCCAGUCAUUCACAUCUAUGCCAUCAACACCACCGGUACCAAAGACCCUCGCCUCUACUCCUGCCCCAUCUAUAAGAAACCCGUGCGGACCGACCUGACCUACAUCGCAGCGGUCGACCUUCGAACUGUGCAGUCUCCCGACCACUGGAUUCUCAGGGGCGUGGCCUUAUUGUGUGAUGUGAAAUAAACACAACUUCUACAUUACAGUCUGCAUGCUCAUAGGGUAGGGGUGUUCAGGGGGUAGGAAGAACCCCUCACACUCUCUCAGAGGUACUGGAAAAGAUAAAUUUAGGCAUCCUCUCUUGACAGUACUUUUAGCAAUAGUUUCCAUAAUAUUUUUAAAUUCCUCAAAAAUGCAGGAAAUGCCAUUCCAGAGGGGUGAAUUUUCAAACUUUUUCCAUGACUUCUGAGAAAGCGCGUUCUUACACUUGUAGAUGCUCAUCUAUCACUAUAGACACUCUCUAGUGUCAAAAAAUCUACAAAAGAACCCCCUAGGUACGGGCAUGCACUGUAUGUGCUCGAACUACAGCACACCUACAAUAGUACCCACUUAGUGCACCAUUAGCUCAAGGCAACAAGUAAACUAUCUUGUCAUAUACAGACUAAUUCAGGCUAAGGAGGGACUGUUUAUUGUCAUUAUUAUAUGUAUCUAAAUCUAUUUUUUGCUGUGUUUUUUUUUUAAAUUCAAUUAAAUGAAUUUUGGCCCGACUUUUUGUGAUACUGAUGAUACUAAGAAGAAAAAGUAUAUAUUAUUUGUCAGUUUUUUUUCUUUUUACUACCAUGAUCAAGGGAUGCCACCUUCUCAAGUAUAUGAUAUGAUAUACAUAAGCAUAACCUACAGUUCAAGUAAGUCAGUUUAAUCAUGAAAGUCAUAUAAUCGUAUUUAUGCACUCAUGAAAGUAAAAAAUGACACAUGUAUAAACAAAUAAGGUUCUACCAAUAGGUGGUAACGUUAAUUUCCAUAUCACUUCACAAAAUCUUUAAGCACAUGUAAAGCUUUCAUAAAGCAUACUUUCAUGAAAACAAAACCUUCACAUAUGCUUUAAGAUGUUCUUGUAGAAUUUUGUGCAGUGUACAAUGUCUUAUUGCUUUUUAGACUACUUAUCAAAAUAAUGUAAUGUAUUCUAGAUGAAACACAAUGUACAAUGUAGAAUCCAACUCAUGUCAAAUAUUAGCUUUUCGUUAUUUUAAUUACAUGAGACCACAUAACCACAAUGAAAUGUAAAAAUUAUCUUAAAGCUUUUAAAAGAAAUUAAAGAAUUUUGUACUUACUUGAAAGGGCUGAUACAAAUACAGCAAGUUGUCAUAUUGACAAGUAGUCAAGAAAUUAGGACUGAAAGGAUAUUUUUCCUUUAACGAUGAUGUGUGUCGAUGAUAUCAAGGGCUUUGUAAAAUUUUUGAUGCAACAGUUUGUGAUAAUUUUAAGACAUGCAGAAACUUUGGACUUUUUAACCAAACUUGAUUGUCCCAAGAUAUGAUACAAUAUGAUAUCUAUUUUUGUAGCAUGAAAACGUGUGAUUUGCAUUGUUUGAACAAUUAUUGUAACACUGUUAUUUCAGAAAUGUGGUAACCCAAAAAGCAAUUGUGCCUACCAGCACUGUGCAAUUUUGUUGUAUGUCAGUUGAUUGAUGUGUAUUUCAAAUUAGAUACACAUGCACUAUGUACAAUGUAUGUGUUACAUCUUGCAGCCAUUUUUGAUUGGCGCUUUGUAACGUUAACUUCUUUCCAGAUACACUUCAAUCUGUAUUUUUCAAAUGUGAAAAUUUCGAUUUGGUUGGAAAUAAAAUCAUGCACCAUUGCUGUGUUCUUCUCUGA